AAAGAUGGCACCGUAUCGAAACAUUUUGAGCUUCUUGGCAACCCACAUCUAAGCCACCUCAUUGCAGCGCCUCUGUGGCUAGUGAUUAUUGAUGAGUCAUACAGUAACGGAGAACUGUCCGAGUCAGCCAAUCACUUGACUCGGGGCACCUCCGAUUCUGGUUGGGAGUGCUAAUUCAUUUGUUUCCUAUUGGAUUCCAGUUCAUUAUUAUGAAUAAAUAGGAAACAGUAGAUAUUUUAGCCCAUCACAGGUCAUUGUUCCACUGUAAGACUGCCAAUGCAAAGUAAUAUGCCCAGCAGACAUGUUUCAGCCACAAGGUGCCUUCGGUAAUAGUGAUACACGAAGCUGUACGGAGUAUCGCGUGUAGAAAAGGUCGGACUCUCCCUACCCGGGAGUUCGGCGCUAAAGCCGCUGUGGAGCCUUUAAUUGUAUCUUUCUCCGCAUAUAUGAGAUAGAUCUGCGGAGAUACCCCUCGUCACUGCUGAGACCAUCUAUAAUAAUGUGUUUAUUUCUAUAAUUCGGCAUACCCCCGUUCUUCAGGAGCUGCUAGCUGUAUAUAUAUACAAACAAACAUCGCACGUUAGAGAAUUGCGUCUUCCGAUCGUUAUCUCAUUCAUUUUCUGCAAUUGCAGGGCCAUCAUCAUUCGGGUUUCAGCCUAUAUAUAUAUUUCCCUUGCAAUGGCAGACCAGAAGCUUCUGGCAGCUCGGCAAAUCUCGGGGCACAAUACGCCUCAGGAUUGCUGGAUCGUUGUCAAUAAUCAAGUGUGGGAUGUGACAGACUUCUUGGAAGACCAUCCUGGAGGAUCUUCAGUCAUACUCAAAUACGCAGGUCGUGAUGCUACCAAGGCUUACUCGGAAGUUCAUACCCCAGGUGUCCUGACAAGUAAUCUACCCUCAGAGAAACUUCUGGGUGUGCUAGACGAGUCCACAAUCAGCGAGGAAUGGAUCAAUCAGCCAUCUACUGAGAGCCCUAAGGUUGUUCUUGAUCAUGAGAAACCGCCGCUGCACACAUUGAUUAAUUCCCACGAUUUUGAGCUCGUGGCUUCAAAAACAGCCAGUAAGAAAACAUGGGCAUUCUACUCCAGCGCCGCAACAGACCUUCUUACCCGGGACGCAAACAAGACGUGUUUUGACCGGAUAUGGUUCCGACCACGGGUAUUGAGGAAUGUCCGUUCUGUUAAUACAAGUACUAAGAUCCUUGGGGUCGACAGUAGCUUGCCAUUAUUUGUGAGUCCUGCAGCUAUGGCAAAGCUCAUUCAUCCUGAUGGCGAAUGCGCUAUUGCAAGAGCUUGUGGAGAUAAAGGGAUUAUGCAGGGAAUUUCCAAUAACUCUUCAUACACGAUGGAAGAGCUUAGAAACACUGCUCCCUCAGCAAAUUUCUUUUUCCAAUUAUAUGUCAACCGAGAUCGUCAAAAGUCAGCUGCACUUCUGCACCAAUGCUCAGAAAAUCCCAACGUGAAGGCCAUCUUCGUGACGGUUGAUGCAGCUUGGCCAGGUAAAAGAGAAGCAGACGAACGUGUUAAGGCGGAUGAGAGUUUAUCGGUCCCGAUGGCUCCAGCUAAAGCGAAAAAUGACAAGAAGGGCGGUGGACUGGGACGUGUGAUGGCCGGUUUCAUCGACCCUGGACUGACUUGGGAUGACUUGGUGUGGGUACGACAGCACACUCAUCUUCCCUUGUGUCUAAAAGGCGUGAUGUCUGCAGACGAUGCCAUGUUAGCCAUGGAAGCUGGGCUUGACGGUAUCCUUCUUAGCAAUCAUGGAGGACGCAACCUUGACACUAGCCCUCCGUCUAUCAUUACACUUCUUGAACUGCACAAGCGAUGUCCGGAAAUUUUUGACAAGAUGGAGAUAUAUGUGGAUAGUGGGAUCAGGCGCGGGACGGAUAUCUUGAAGGCUGUCUGCUUGGGUGCAACUGCCGUGGGCAUGGGACGUAGUAUGCUAUUCGCUACAAACUAUGGCCAGGAGGGUGUUGAGCAUUUGAUAGACAUCAUGAAAGACGAGUUAGAAACAGCUAUGCGCAACAACGGAAUCACCACGCUCGACGAGGCGGGUCCACAAUUAGUUCAUACGGCCGAUAUUGACCACCUAGUUCCCGAAUCCCGUCAACACCCAUAUGCGCGAAAGGUUGCCAAAGGGCGACGUUCGUUGCACCGCUCCAAGCUCUAGACAAUUGGUUGAUAGUCGUAGAGCGGUCUACUAAUUCCCCCCUUGUCACUCUCCUCCAAAGGAACGAUUCAUUUCAAGAGUAUCUCAGUUUCUGAGAAUACUCCGUUGUUGAAUAAAAUACCUAGUCACGUUCAUGUACCGGUCUCA